GGAUAAACGCUUGCGACGAGCACAACAAGUGCGCGCAUGCAAAGAGCCCCGGAGCCAGUGGUUUUAAGCCAGAGCCAGUGAGCCACUGCCUCAGCCCGAAAGUUCCACCCUGCUGUGUAGUGUAGUGUAAGCGAAAGUGAAAGUGAAAGUGCAUCCUGUUGCAGAGUGAUAGAGUGACUGUGCGAGUGAAAGGCUGGGCUGGACACCUGCCGGCGAGGUCCUUCGAGUCCUGCGAGUGCGCGCGAUCCGAUCUGCAGGAUUAAAUGCUCAAUAGCUGCGCGCGUUCAAUAAAACAUGUAACUCCCUUUUCCCCAAAAUCGAAACUGCGAUCGAUAAUUGCUUAGGUUUUCGGGUGUGGUGGUGGUGCCAAAAGUAGAAACACCCCUCGAUUCCCAGAACGAGCCACCGAUAAAUUGUUGCUAUUUAUUUUUGUGAAGAUAAUCAGAUCGUACAAGUGCUACAGUUAAGAUAUUGCAAACGCAUCGAGUGCCCAUUUUUGAUUUCAAUCUAAGGCUAAACAAGGCUAUUACCCCAUCUGCCGCUGCAGCUGGAAGCAAUCAAUACGGAAAUAUGAAUAGGUUUUGGAUAAUCGCUUUACUUUUAGGAUUACAGCAAACAAAGCCAAUAAAUGGACAAUCGGAUGUGCUGGUGAAUCUGGUGGUGCCGCGGUAUGUGGAACGCGGAUCGAGUGCCACCUUCAAGUGCACGCACAAUGUCCGGCCGGAAAUACUGUUCAAGGUGACAUGGCUGAAGGUUGACAAGGGCAAGUUCUUUGAAUUUAUAAACGGGCGAAAUCCGCCGUUUCGUAACUCAACCAUCGAGGGAGCCGAAAUCGACUGGGACAAUUCCAACGAGCAGCAGGUGACACUGAAGAAUGUCCAGUUCGAUCUAUCCGGCCAGUUCUACUGCGAGGUCUCCACGGACACCCCCAUUUUCACCAAGGCCAGCGCCGAUGAGCUGAUGAGCGUGUUCUUGCCCCAGACGGGUCCGCCCACCAUUAAGUUUCGCAAGCGUACGCCCUUCGCGGUGGGCGAGAAACUUUUCGCACUGUGCAACACCACCCGCGGUCGCCCUGCGCCGCACAUCACGUGGCUAAUCAAUGGGAAAAAGGUGGAGGACAGGUACGUGCGCACCCACCACGUGUUCUCAUUCAAUGGGAAGCAUCAGCAUCAGCGUCGCACGCAGCAGCAGCAACAGACGCAGCUGAGUCAGCAGCAGCUGCAGCAGCAGUAUUUCCAGCAGCAGUACUUCAACCAGUACCAACAGCAGUAUCACAUCCCCGUUGGCCAAUUCAUGGACCGCUACGACAAAAGCCUACGAUGGCCAGCCGGGGCACGAGCGGAUGAGUUCCCGCACUUUUUGUCGCACCACCAUGAGGGGCAUGGUCACCAUGGCAGCCUCUAUAACAAUCCGUUUGGGUCACUGGCCAACUACCAUGACGUGGGCGAGUUCCACGAGGUGCAUCAGCGCAACUACGACACCAACAAGAAGAACAUGGAGCUGAAGAAGCAGCAGAUGGAGAUGAAGAAGCACAGGAACAGCAACCGCAAGUAUCGGCGCCACAUAAACGAGAACGCCCUGGGCAUCAUCCGCAGCACCCUGAACAGCGGUGGCUUCGGUCCCCAGGCUCCCAACAUGAACAAGGAGCUGGGCAUCCCCUCCAACGCUGGACCCAUGAACCAGCUGGCCGCCGGCUACCAGCGACCGCUAUCGCAUCCCGGCGGUGGAAGCGGAGUGGCGGCGGCAGCGGCCGCCGUUACCGCCGCCCAGCAGGAGAAGGGCAUGUUCAGCAUCAGCCAGCUGAACAUCGAGCUCACCGAGGAGCAUGUGGGCAGCAACAGUCGCAUGGAGAUCACCUGCCUGUCCACGAUCCCGGCGACUGUGGGCCAGGGUGAGCAGUACGCGGACUACAAGACUUACUCGGUGAAAGUUGAGGUGGAGCGACAAUUGGCCUCCUCCACGUCGACGGCACCGCCGAGCAUCGGAAUGGCGGCGCUGGGCAAUGGAAACGGACAUGGCAACGAGACCUCCGCCGGACGGAGGGCACAUGGCACGGUUGUGACGCACUUGUGGUCACUGGCGCAGAUCCUGCUGCUCGUCCUGCUGCCCCUCAGCUACUAGAUGGCACCAAAUGCGGGAUGCAGGCGAACGGGACACGCUGGAGGAGAGGAGAAGACCACCGACAUACUCGCACAGAAGGUAUUGUUAAUGCAAAACCAAGGGCAACCACAUCAUCACCAUCCCCCAUCCCAUCAAGGACAAAUGUAGCAGAACAAGCAGCAGCAACAGCAGCAGCAGCAGCAUCGGAAAAAAGACAAGUUGGAAUUUUUGUAAAUUGUACACCGCAUUUUUAAUCUAUUUCCCCAGCAUGAGCUCGAUCGAGCAGCUAAAUUAGUGCAGCUCAAAGAGGGCAAAAGGAAAAAACCAACAAUGGACUAAGAGAACAUUUUUAGCAUUUGUGCUCGCCUUGGUCGGCCAAUUUAAAUAGUUUACUUGUAAAUAACUGCAGAUGACCGAGAAAAGCGGGCGUGGAUUUCCCCCUAUUUUUUUGUGUGGCCGCAAUGCCAAAGAGAAAUGUUUGUAAUUAAGUUGCAGUCGGACGGGAAAUUGGUUAGAAUGCUUUUCAGUCCGGCCAGCGGCCACUUUUUUGUAGUCCGAGGAGAAUUUUGUAUAGCUAAUUGAACAUAAGUUUCGGGAUAGGAGGCGACUGCAACUCAGAACAAAGAAACCAAAAGUUUUUGCGCUCUGUCAAGGUCAGUGCGUCAAGGGCGUUGUGCUCCGCCCACUGAUUUCGGCCUUGUCAGAUGUUUGGGAGAUGGCACAGUCCCACCCCGCCCCCAAAGAACAACCAAGAAACUAAAAAAUCCAGAGAAAUUCAAAUCCAAAGUAGCCAGAAUUGAUUAGGGCUAUCGUUUUUAGGCGUUUCAAAGCAGUCGCUACGAAGCUUGUACCUAAAAUGCAUGAUCUUAGUGCUGUAGUGCAAACCAAAUCGAAUUACAAAAAAAAAAACACUCAAAGGAAACAUAUUUUUUACGGUAUUGUAGCGCUUGGGCUAGUCAAACGGAUAGGGAUUUAGGGAUGUGGCAAACUGAGGGUAGGCUAAGAUUAGGGCAAUUGAGUUUAGGAGCCAGCAGUACCGUAACCCGAAUCCCUCGUACCAACGUACCCCCGGAAAUAAAACGUUUAAAUGUAAAAUAAUUAGACAGUUAAACCAAGAAGCUUACAGAAACAAUCAGUGUUGAAAACAUUUUUCGAGAAAACAACCAAAACCAAAUAAGAAAAAGGCGGAGCGAAAAAUAGCACGCAGAACCCAAAGGAAAAGGAGCCAAAAGAGGCGCAAUCUGCGGCGCGUGGUGACCCCGAAAAUUGGUAGGGGUCGUAAUGGGUGACCCCACUCCGGAACGACUCCGCUUUACAUUACGAGGCUUAUUUAUUUAUUUUCAUUUUGGAGCCUUCAUUUUGGGUUCGUUGUGUGUAAAUGGUUAUCGUUGCAAUGGUUCGUUUAGUGUGUAGUUAGGAAAAUAUUUGCCGUUGCGAUUAAUUGUUUUCAUUAAGAUUUUCAUUUUCCAUUAUUUUUUUCCGGUUGAGGAGCGGCUUAGUCGCAGUGCUUAACAACAAGUACGGAUGCAUUUUCUUGUGUAUUUAGGAGGAUUAUUUUCGAGCGCGCUUUAAGUGUCUAUGGCUAAAGAACCAUUUUAACACGUAGCAUAACAAUGUAACUAUGUAAAGCAAGAUGGUAGCAACCACGGACAACCCGGCAAAGUAAAUAUAUGUAAAGCAAUUAGUGGACUAGUCUAUACUCUCUAAAAACAAAAACAAAAACAAAAACAUAAACAGAAAAAAAAAACCGAAGUAUAUUUAAAUGAUUGUCUGUACUGUGUGUGUAAUUAGGCUUCUAUUUUUGACUUCUACUCGACGGCGAAAUGCAAAACCAAACAUAAAUUAAGUAUAACAACUAAACCUGCUAUGUUCUUCAACAGUUUGAGCAAGCGAAAUCCGUUAAAGCAAAUCAAUAACAAUUAACAAUUAACAAAGAACAAUGAACAAUUACAACUGCAAAUUAACAAAACAAAAAUCUUGCCACAGUUGAAACAUUUUCCAAGGGUUGUCCUCAUUGUGAGUACACGUACAUGUAGUUUCGUGGCCAGUGAAAGCGGAUGAGUACACCAACUGGAUAAUGCUUGAACGAACUACGAGAAUUUUUUAUAAAUGACAUAUACUUAAUUAUGAUAACGGUGACAUCACGUAUAAAUAAUUGAAAACAAAGUUCAUAUUAUGUAUGAAAAUAUGGCUAAAAUGUCUUAUGCAGGUAUUGACGUCUUCCUAUGCUACGCUGUCUAUUAUUAACAGAAAAAAAACAGAAAAUUGAUUACAUUUAUAAAUUAUACAUUACGAAUAGGUGUGCAUGCAAAUUUACUGAUUGCAUACACUUAGAACUAAAUUAAAGGAGUAAAACCGAAUAAGUAAAAAAUGAUACACUUAUACACAAACAAAUGUAAAUGCUUUAAAACGAAUCGAUAAUUUAUUCCUGUUUUCAUUCAAAUCCAUAGACUAUAUCGUUUUAGUAAUGAUAUGAUUAUGGUAUGCUAAUUUCAACCAUUAUUCAAUUCCAGAUGAUUUAAUUUAUGUAAACUUAUACGGGAGCUAUUUCCCAGUUAGUUAUGGGUUUGUAAAUCACUCGUACUAGUAAAUGUUUCCCACCAAUCUAUAAACAAGUGCAAACACCCUAUCAACGCAUCACUUUCUAAACUCUCUACACUAUCUACACUCGCCAACACAUCCGCAGUUUUCCCGAAAAAGCUUUUCCAAUUGUCAUACACUCUCCUCUCUAUUUGUCUGUAUAAAUAUGCAAACUGCGUGUUGUCUUCAAUUCAGUCGUCUGUUGUCUCAGCAAAUAUCCGCAUGAAUAUGCAUAAUAUGCAUAAUUGGCCAAGGACUUGGAGUUACUUUAUCAUCCCAGUCACGUAGCUAAUUAUGCAACCUCUAUCGAGCAUAUCUAUGUAUGUGUAUCAAUGUAAAAACUCUAUAUAGGUGUCCAGUGCAAGCGAAACGCAAGAGGAUGUUAUUUAUAUAGAUCAAAUAAGAGUACAUUAAGUGUCGCAGCAAUUCGCAAAACAUAUCAUAAAUGUUGUAACAUUUUCGGUUCCCAAUACACAGAGAACCCAGCCUCUCGAGUCGGAAGCCAAUUAACAUUUUUCAUGCCUAGCAUAUGGUAUUUGCGCCGAUUAAUUAUUAUUAUUGUUUGCUGAGGCUUCUCCAAGUCAUAUACUCGUAAGUGGAUGCUGACUUGGCUGCCAUGGGGUCUCGUGUAGACGAGCAAAUGACAUUAUAAUGUAAUGGGAACGCAUGUUAUACAAGUAUGUAUUUAAAUGUUGUAUUUUGAUAAGUCGAAAGUAUUACGAUGAUGUCAGAUGGCCGGAUAAAAUGCCUUUUGUCCGGAAAUCAGAUGCACGUCUACCUUUAUCAUUUCUCUCACAUCAAAAUCUUCCAGUCACACAUAUCAUUGCGUAUUGAACAAAAAACAUGAAAUUAUACAAAAUAUAUAUUGAAAUUAUGUAUACAAGACGACAUAAGGAAAUCACAUAAAAAGCGUGUAUAAAAGAUAUAUUUAUAGAGAAAAGGUAUGUUUAUUAAUUUAAAACACUUACACCACAAAAAGCUUUAACUUUUUGUUCCCAUUGUUUAUCGAACAUUAAUAUAAUCGCAUGCACAAAUCACGUGGAAAAUAUUUGAUAUUGAAUUCAGCCUAAUUUGAAUUUCCCUCAUUUGUAUUGUAUAAAAUGUUUUAAGGUCUAAGAAAUUGUCUAGAUAAAUAGCAUUAUUGAGGCUACUAAUAAUAACUGAAUAUUGAAGAAACCCAGACAAAUUGAACUCGAUAAACGUAAAGUAAAUAUUUAUUUAUAGAUACAGACAUACCAAGCGAGCGAUACAAUUGCAAAAAAUUGCAAAAAAACCUAUGCAAGACAAACGCAGAAAAAAAAGUGUGUGGAAUAUGUGUAUUAUUAUUAUACUAAGCCACGAAUAUUUAUAUGUACACUGAGCGGCAGAGAGAAUUAGGUGUAAAGUUUAAAGUGUAAAUUAACAAACGAAGAACAACAAUUACGAUUACAACUCAACCCAAAUUAUGGCGCCUACUGCUUGGCCAAUCUACUACACUGAAAGGGAUAUACAGCAUAUUAAAUAUACAUACAGAAAUACGAAUAUUUGUGGUAAAGAGAACGAACUAAAAAAUAAAUGUUGAAAACAAAA